AAAAUUUUUACUGAAAAUACAACCGUGCAGUUGGUAACUCUAUUUUGGUUUGUGCUAUUGUCAAAACUGUUUUGCGAUUGGCGCUAGACUUUUACGUUUGAGCAGCAAAUAAGUGGAAUAGAACAAAAGUUAAAGAACUUAAAAUAAACAUUCUUAAAGAAAACACCGUAAAAAUCCAAGAAGCAAUAUAGCAAUGGAUAUGUACGUUAAUAGUGACAGCCAGAAUCUAGGUGACGUUAGCCAUGGAAAGGAGAAACAGUCUCAUGCCUCGCGCCAGGCUUUUGGUGAACUUAAGAAUGUCAUCCGUAAUUCGGCAACUCCAUGUACAAAUAUUGGUUUAAAUAAUGACAAGGAUAAAAUUGGUAUGGAGAAAAAUAAUUUUAAAAAACCUAUGCCAAGCCAUGCGCCUUCAAAGGAUGUUAAUGGUAUUAAGACACCACGUCUUAAGGAACUAGUCGACAACCAUUCUAAUGAAUUUGACGAAGGCUUUAUUGAUUCUAUUGACUUUAAUCAUUUUAAUGGUUGCGAAAAAUCUGAUCAAGAAAUUUGGUCAGAAAUGGGUGCAUUGGAAGAUUCAUUUAUAAACAAAUUAAUAGAGGGAGUAAAGGAAACUAUGAAUUCAAAUGAUGAUGAAAAACAUUUCGAAGAUGAUUUUACAGAUUUGAUGGAUAUAUAUACCAACUCUUUGAUGCCCAAUUUAAAGCAAAUUGACGGCGAACACGAAGCGAGUGCAAAUCUAUACCAACAGAUUGAAAUACCAGAUUUAUCAUUAUCAGAUGAUGAUUUACCUUUUUUAGAUGAUUAAAACGUUAAUUUAUUUCAUUCAGUAACUAGUAUAUUUUGUUCCGUUUGUUUUCUUUUUAUUUUGUAUUAUUUUUAUGUAACAUUAUUAUUUUUGAAUCGAAAUUGAAUAUAAAAUGAAAUGAAAUCUAGCCACUCUAGAAGUUAUAUUGUGUAAUUUUCUGGCCAUCACUUUGAGUGUGGUGUACAAUUUAUACUAUAAAAAUUGAAUCACCUACUUAAAUAACGUAAAUAUUGUAUGUUUAAAUAAUUAUAAAUAUGUGUAUAAAAUUUAUUUUUAGUUUAAGAAGCAUAUAUGCUUAAUUUUAGAUAAAACAAAGUUAAAUUGUAGAGAUAAUGUCUUCUUAAAAAUUGUCUUACAUAUUAAAUUAAUCAGAUUAAAAUUGUUCAUUGAAACUUAUCAAAUU